UUCCAGGGAGACCACCGUAUACCGCGACAUCGUUGCACGAAUUUAUCGAUAUCGAAUCGAGCCGGCCAUCCGGAAGAACACGUCGCCGGACAGGAUCGUCGGGGUCGUCUGUCGUUGACGACCGUCCUGGAUAGGAAACGGAAGAAGAGUGCCGACAUGUCGGCCUUGAACGCCGGGCCCUGUCGACCCGGGAUUAUACUGUGUCUGGCGGCCGUUCUACUGGCAUCGCAAUCCGAUUCUGCACCUGUGUACGACCAGGAUACCACACAAGUAGCGGAAUACGAUGGAGCCACAGCCGGAUGCUACUACAACUACCAACACUACAAGGAGGGGGAUAGGAUCAUCACCAACGAGCCGUGUUUAAACUGCACGUGCCACAAUCGAAUGCUGAUGUGCUAUCUCAGGGUUUGCCCCUUCACGAAAGCGAUCGGCCAGGAUUGCACCGUGGAGAAGCGGCCGGAUCAGUGCUGCCCCGUCAUCACCUGCCCAGAGGUGCCGGUACAGUUGUUGACCUCCACUACUAGCGCCCCAUCCACUUCCGGCUCGACGGCGGUCGGAUUCCACGACAAUUACGGGUGCAACGUGGACGACCGGUUCUACGCGGACGGUGCCCAGCUGCCCAUCGAUCCUCAGAAUCCUUGCGAGCUGUGCUACUGCAUCAGGAACAGGACCACCUGCGUGAUGCAGGAAUGUACGUUGCGCGUGGCCGGGUGCAGGCCGGUCUAUCAACCCGGAGUGUGCUGUCCUGUCAAAUACAAUUGCGAAUACGACGAGGAACUCGCGACGACGGUUGAACCAACGCCCGGCCUCAUCAUGACCACAACGAUGGCCCCCGGGGCGACGUCUCAAUGCUACCACGAAGGAAAGGUUUACGAGGGCGGUGAUUUGAUAUACUCGACCCAGCCUUGCCAGCACUGCUAUUGUUUCCACGGUGACAUCGCGUGCGCCGUCCAGGAUUGCGGGACACCGAUGAAGACGCACGGGAAGAACUGCACGGCCCUGCCACCGCCGGAAGGCGAGUGUUGCCCGACCACGUACGAGUGCGAAGAUGACGGAGAGGUGGUGACGUUACCGAGAGGCGAGGAACGAUCCACGACCGAGGGACACGUUCAGGAGACCACUGUUGCGGCAACGGAAGCUGAGAGACAAGUUCCCGAAGAAACGACGGAGGAGUCGUUCCCCGGCUCUGACAACGUCAUUCCUCAAGACCACGAGGCCGCGAGCACCGCGCUGCCCGUCGUCGAGGAGGCGGCAAAGAAGGUUCCAUCGAUAGAGGAGGAGGAGGCGUCCACCGCUACUCGAAAAGAAAUUGGUAUCACGGAAGAAUACGUGACCGAAGGUACGGUAGCCGAGUUAACAGCACCUCCCGAGGAGGCGACGGAAAAAGCGUUGGAGGGGAAAGGCGAAGAAGAACUGGCUACUAUACCCGCGGAAGAAACUACUCGAGAAGUGAAAGAAGGGGAAGAGCAACAGGUGGUUACCGAGCAAGCAGUGCCGGAAGAAGCGCAAACCGUAGGAGGAGAGCAGAAGGGAGAACAGCCUGAAUUACCUCCAAGCAGGGAGAAGGAAGAGGAGGCGAAACCAAGCGAGGAAGAAAAGCCUGUUCCUAGCGAGGAGAAGGAAGAAGAGCCAAGCGUCACCGGGUCCACUGUGGCUGAAGAGGAGGAGCAGUCGGUUGAAAAGUCCACACCUCAACUUCCAAGCGAAGAGAAGGAAACGUCCUCCUCGGUCCCUGAAGCGACAACGACGAAGGGUUUGAACGAAGAACAAGUGACGGAAGCAGUGAAGGAAACGGAAGGCCCCGCAUCCGAACAGGAAGAAAGAGGAACAACGGUGGCGCCUGGCGAAGAAAAGGGUGCAGAGGAAGCAGCUACGCCUGAAACAGAAGUGGCUACUGAAAAAUCUGUUCCAAGUACCGAACAAGUUCCUGUACAAGAAGAAGAAAAAGAAGAACAAGAGAAGAAAGAAGAAGAGAGGCCAAUGUUAGAAGUAAGCACGGAGCAGCAGCCUACAGAGGCAAGUGUUCCAGCGGAACAUGGGGUAGAACAAGAAACGAGUACGGAAGCUGCGGUAGAAACGGAACAGCCAAUCGUACACGAACAUAAGACACCGGUUGGCGUGGCUCCUAAGAAGGAAGACGCGAUUCCUCCUGAAAUUCCUCCGGAAACUAUUUCUCCGGAGAUUGAUGAGAGACCGUCUACUGAGAAGGCUGAAGAAGAGGAGGAGGAGGAAACUCCGGUGAUUCCAGAACAGGGUCCGCCAGGAAUUUCGAUCACGGAACGUAUACCUGAAAGCAAAGCAGAGGACAAGGAAGCGGUGACCGAAAUGCAGGUGACCGAAGGCUAUAUUGACAUGAAGCCGCCAGAAUUUCACGUACCGAGCAGCCUCGUGACCGAAGUUCCUUUAGCCAAGGAACCUUCGUCCACGUAUCUACCAGAGCAGGAAACGUCCGCUCCUAAGCAAGAGCAAACCGUACCUAUCGAGCAAGAAGGGACCACGAUAAAAGCGCAAUUGCCCGAAGAAGGAUCCACGACCGAGCCGCAACGAAACGAAGAAGAAGUUUCCCCGGUUACCGAGAGUGAUCAGGUUCCAGGCGAGGAGAAAGAAAGUGUCGAGGUAUCGACGACGCAGCAACUUCCACAGGAACAGACUCAACAAACGGAACAACCUGGCUUACAGGAGGAACAGAGCACGGAAACCUCGUCUUCCGAGGUUUUGCCCACGAAGGAAACUUCCAAGGAAGAACUGCCCACGAAGGGAUUGACUAUCGAGGAAUCCGAAGAAGUAACUUCAUCCGAGGAAGUGAACGAUUCCAGUGAGGAAGUUUCCAAAGAGAAACCGAUCGAGACGGAGAAAGAACCCGAGGAACACCUGCCAACACAGCCUUCUGUGUCCGAGGAGCAUCCAACGGAACAACCAGCAGUCGAAGAACAGACUGUUAGAACCGAGAGAGUAAGUACAGAAAGUGGCCCAGAAAUAAGUACGGAAGUGGUCCCAGAAGAGAAAGUUGCUACUGAACAAGAAGAACGAGUCACUGUUGCGCCAGAAGAAGGUGUGCCAAGCGAAAAACCUGAAGUCGGUUCGGAAGCUGGCGAAGAACAGGUGACUGAGAAACCAGUUGCUGGCAAAGAGGAAGCUCCAGUUACCGCCAAACCAGCAGAAGGUGAAGAGAUAAGCACAGUACCCGUUAACGAAGAAGGUGAAGCAAGCGAGAAACCUCUCGAAGAAGUUCCGAAAGAGGCUACACCUGAAACAGAAAGCACGCCAGCAACUCAGGAGGCUGAAAAAGCAACGGAAGAAAGUUUAACGAUCGAAGUUCACCCAACAGUGGCGUCCAUGGAAGAAAAAACAGAAACGCCAGAGUCUUCGGAACAGCCUGUUAUCGAACAGACCGAAGCACCUAUAACCAAAGAAACGACUGAAGAACAGGUAGAAGAAGAACGAAAGACAGAGGAGCCUACGAAAGAAGAAGAACAACAAACCGAAGGACCUGCAGCUGCGUCUCCAUCGACGGAAGAGGCGAUGACAGAGGCAGGAUUAGAGAAGGAAGGAACUCAAGCUCCUGUGGAGGAGCAUACUAAAUCUCCUAUCAGCGAGCGUAAAGAGGAUGAAGAGAGCGUGAAAGGUGCUGAAAAGCCAUCUGAGAAGGAAGAAGGCGUUCAGAAGCCACCUCUUGAAGAAGAGAAGACAACUGAAAAGCCUGCAGAGGAGGAAAAAAUGACUGCAGUGCCAGGAGAAGCUGAAGUAACUGGAAAGCCUAUCGAAGAAGAGAAAUCAACCGAAAAGCAACCUAGUGAAGAGCAGCGACCUAGUGAAGAACCAAAAGAGGAGGAAGAAGAGAAGUUUGUUGAGGGAAAACCGACUGAAGAACCGACUGAAGUAGAAGGUGAAAAAACAACCGAAGAACCACUUAUCGAAGAGGAGAAACACGCGGAAGAAGAAAAACCGACUGAAACUCCGAUCGAAGAAGGAAAAACGGCAGAAGAGAAGCCAACUGAACCUGUGGAAGAAGAAAAGGUGAGUGAGAAACCUGUUGAAGAAGAAGAAAAACCAGUGGAAGAGGAGAAAGGAACUGAAAGUCCCAUGGAAGAGGAAAAACAUGUCGAGGAGGAAGAAAAAUUGGGAGAGGAAGAGAAGCCGACUCAGGUACCUGUUGAAGAAGAAAAACCUAUUGAGGAGGAGAAACCAACGGAAAAACCUGUCGAGGAAGAAAAACCAACCGAAAAAUCUGUCGAAAGAGAACAACCUGCGGAAGAACAGAAACCAAGUGAAGGGCCUAUAGGAGAAGAACAACCUGUUGAAGAGCAAAAACCAAUUGAAAUAUCGACUGAAUUGCCUGCAGAAGAACAAAAACCAACUGAAAGUCCUAUUGAAGAGGAAAAAUCAACAAUGCCUGCGGAAGAAGAAAAACCUAGUGAGGAAGAAAAAUCAACUAAAGCGCCUGUGCAAGAAGAAGAAUCUAGUGAACAACCUAAAGAAGAAGAAGAAGUGCAACAAAGUGAAGGACCUGUCGAAAAGGAAAAACCUGCUGAGGAAGCGAAGCCAACUGAACAGCCAAUAGAAGAGGAAGGGAAACCAACUGAAAAGAUUGCCGAAGAAGAAAAACCAUCUGUCGAACCUGUUGAGCAGGAAAAGACAACUGUAGAACCCGUUGCGGAAGAAAAACCAAGCGAAGUCGCACCUUCUCAAGAGACUGUGACACCAGAACGGAAGAUUGAAACUGAAGGUCCUACGAUAGAAGAGAAACCCUCUGAAAGUGUCGAACCAGUAUCUACUGAAGUUCCUACUGUAGAAGAAACUGUUAGCCAGUCUGCUCCUAAAGAGAUAACUGAAGCAUCGACAGAGCUUCCAAAAGAAAUUCCAGAGGGUUCCACGAUCGCUUUGAAAGAAGAAGCUUCACCCACGGAAGAAACGCAAACAGAAAUUGCUGGAACACCGCAAGAAAAAUCAACGGAAACUCCUACCGAUCGUGGUGAACCUUCUACGGAAUCUACUAAACGAAUUCCAGAACAGCCCAUCGAAGAAGGAACCACUCAACAACCAGAAUUACCGAUUGAAGCGACAACAGCAGCUGUUCCAAGCGAAGAAACAAUCAAAGAAGAAGGAAAAAUAUCCGAAGAAGGUAUCGUGACUGAAGUAUCACCGACCGAAUCUGCGGCAUCUUCCGAGGAAACCAGUCCAGCGGAAGAAGAACAAAAGAUAUCUGUUCCCGAACAAGUUCAAACUGAAGCUCCAUCGAGAGAAGAGGGAACAACGCAAAUUUCUCGAGAAAAAGAAACGGAAGCUCCAGUGUUGGAGGAAAAGAUUACAGAAGAAGCAACAUCUGCACCUAAGGAAGGAGAAGUCUCAGAAACUACCCCAUACACGGAAACAUCGUCAAAAGUCGGGACUGAAGGAAUCGUCGAGCAAUCCACGUUGGCCGAAGGAAUACCCGAAGAAGAGGUAUCGACACAGCCUCCUUAUCAUAUACCGCCAACAAUUCCAGGAGAGGGCAAUUGUCUCGUCGAAGGGCAAUCUUACAGCAAUAACUCUGCCAUUCCUCCCUCGAAUCCUUGUCAACUCGGUUGCCGUUGCGUCAGUAGUAUUAUUCAGUGCGAUUUGGUUCAAUGCCCACCGCCCCCGAACCAUUUAUCGAAUUGUAUGCCACUUCACAUUGGUAAAGAUUCUUGCUGCCCGAUGUACGCUUGUGACUCGACGCCAACCGCUGGCUUGGAAUCCGAUAAUCACAUGAUCGAGCAUGAAACGCCUAAAUACGAAGAGGAGGAGAAACAGAAGACCGUAUCACCUCUAGAGGCGGAACUUGCUAAGGAAGGAACAACGGAAAGUGUCGAAGUGAAAGAGCAUUCGACCACCAUAGCACCAAAAACACCUAGCGUGGAAACAGGCGAGCAGACGACUGCUGCGCCUGGUUUGGAAGAAGAAGCGCAAAUGACCCCGAAAUCUGUCGAACCUGAUCACACGCAAGUGACCAGUGUCGAGGAAGGUGCCAAAGAAGCCGAAGAGCAUACUCUCAGCCCGGUACCUCCAGCGCAGGUAGAAUCUUCUAGUCAAAUACCUUCGGAGGAAACUUUGAAAGAAACUUCAUCGGAAAUACCAAGCAGUUCGGUAAAGAGCACGGAAGGAGAGGAAGAGCAAGCAACAGAGGUGCCAUCUCCUGAACAGCCAAUCGAGAAACAUGUUUCCGAAGAGCAACAACCCUCGAGUCCGGCAGCAGGCGAGGAACAGACGACACAACCGAUUCAAGAAGAAGAAGAAACUUCCGUUGCAAUUGAAAAGGAAGCUCCUACCACGAAACCAACGGGUGAACAACCACAGGAAGAAGAACAAAAACCUGCAGAGGGUGAAGAACAGGCAACCGUCUCUCCCGCGAUCUCGGAAGAAGGUACGAGUCAAAAGUCCGAAAUUCCAAGUUCUACCCUCGUACCAGAAGGCCAGCCACAGGAAAAUGCCGAAACUCCAUCGGAAGAAGGAACAACUUUGAGCGUGGAAUCGGUAACGCAACCCGAAGAAGAAAGGAAAGAACAACCUGAACAUCCUACUACUGCACAAGGUGAAUCGCAGACUGUUCAACCCAGUGAAUCAGAAAAGCCAUCUCCUCCAACCGUGGAAGAGUCUACUCCAGAGCAAGAAGUUACUCCUGUAGAACAGGAAACCGUUAAACCCAUCGAAAGUGAGGCACCUGGAACGACAAAAGUGGAAAUCUCUACAGAAGUUCCGACGUCAGAGGAAGUAACCGAAUCUGGCGUGACUAAGGAAGAACCAAGUAAAACUGAAGCACCUCAGGAGGAAGAAGAGGUCACGAUACCAAGCGAGGCAAAGAAACCAGAGAUUCCUCCAACGGAGGAACAGGCUGUUGGAACUGAACAACCUUUAAUACCUACUACUGUAACAGGCGAACAAACCAAAGAAACAGUUGCACCUGAAGGCACGCUUAAGUUGACUACGGAAGCUGCAGAGGAGCAACACACAGAGAUACCUCAACAGCAAACGGUAUCCGAGGAACAAGUGCCAAGCUCGACCGAAUCUGCUAAGACGAGCACCGAGGAAGGACUAGCGAUACCUACGAAGGAAACAACCGAAGAACAGGGUGUCAGCGAAGAGCAGCAACCAACUAUCGUCGAAAGCAAGCCCGAAGAAGCUUUACCAUCGUCCGAAUCAACUCCAGAGGAAACUCCCGCUCCACCUAGCGAGGAGGAAGUUACACCAUCCUCCGUUUCUCAGGAAGCGAUUACGGAAACGGCACAUGAAGUCACCACGAUGAGAGCUGUUCCUGUGGAAGUGACUUUGUCUCAAGAGCAAACGGAACAGCCUGCUGUUGCUAUCGAGAAAGAAACGGUGGCAUCUGUUUCCGAAGAAACAGUUACGGAAAGAGUUAAGGAAGAAACCGUUGAACCAGAGGAACGCGUAACGACAGAAAAAGCAGUUUCUGUCGAAGGCGAAGAAACGCUUGGAACUACAGCACCGGUUGAAAUUCCGGCACAGGUGACGGAGAAGGAAGAACAAGCAACAGAAUCUGCGGUGCCGGCCGAGAAGGAAGCUACAAUAGCUCCUGAACAGACGCAGAAACCCGAGGAAGGAACUCAGAAAUCGAUUGUAGAAGGUGAGGAAGUUACAGUCAAGAGCGAAGAGCAAUCUAGCGAGACACCUUCUUCGAUUGAUUAUACUCCAAGCCCAAUUUCACCAGAAGAGUUGGAAGAAGAAGAGAAGAAGCCUGUAACGGAAGAAAUACCGGAAGAGAAAGCGACAACUGUGCCAAGUGAAGUAGCUCUGUCUCCAGAGGAACAAGCUUCGGUGACUGAAAGGAAACCGGAAGAGGGUAUUCCAGAAGUGACGCGACAGACCGAAGCACCAUCGAUGGAGGAAGCGACGGGGAGACCAACGGAAGAAGAAAAGGAACAAGGCGAGGAACAAACGGCGACUCCAGCAGCGGAGAUCGAAAAAGCGACCGUUUCCAAAACAUCCUUCGAGGCUGGUCCAACCGAAGAAGUACCGUCCGAGAUACCGGAACAAGCGCUUUCCACCGAACAGCCUGUGCAACCUACGGAAGCUGCUGAGAAGAUAGCGCCUUCCACGGAAACUCCAGAACAAGAACUUCCUUCCGAGGUUCCACCAGAGAAAGCUGUAACAUCACCAGAGGAAUAUUCGACCGAACUACCUGCAAUUCCUGCCGAAGAAAUUCCAGAAAAGGAAGUUCCAACCGGGGCGCAAGAAGAAGCAAUUACUACCGAGACAUCGGAGAAGGAAGUUCCUGGUGAAAUAUCGACAAAAGCUCAGCCUACUGAAGCAGCGGGAGAUCAAAUUACAGAAAUGCCGGGACAAAUUAUUCCCGAAGAAAAACUUGGCGAGGUAACGGAAAAGAUUGUUCCUGAGGAAGAAAGCCCAGUUGUGACGACAGAAAAAGUUCCUCAGGAGGAGGAGGAAAAGCCUGUCGAAGUGACGGAAAAGAUUGUUCCCGAAGAAGAAAAACCAGUUCAGACAACAGAAGAGAUCGUUUCUGAAGAGGAAAAGCCUGCUGAAGUGACCGAGAAGCUUGCUCCCGAAGAGGAAAAGCCAGCCGAGACGACGGAAAAGCUUGCUCCUGAAGAAGAAAAGCCUGCGGAAACAACGGAAAAGAUUCUUCCAGAAGAAGAAAAGCCUGUGACGGAAGAGCAAAAGCCAACAGUCGAAGAGGAACAACAAACAGUUGGGCCCGAAGAAGAAAAAGAAAUUUCUCAAACUACGGAAGAUCUUUCUCUCAAGGAACAAUUACCCGAACAAGGCGCGACCAAAGCUCCUCAAGAAGCGACCAAGCCUCCAACCACUGAGGAAGAAGAGUUGGCGCGACCAACUACAGCAGCGGUUGAAAUUGAAGCGACGUCUCCUCAAGAACAGCAACCAGAAACAACGAUCGCGUCCGAGGUGCACGAAGAUAUGACUAAGGAAGCGGAAUCUUCGGAGGAAGCACAAGUUGGCGUAACGAAAGCACAACCUAGCAUAUCAGAAACUCAACCUUCCAUCGAACCUGCAAUCGAAACAUCUACGGAACACGAAGAAGAGAUGGCACAACCAGAAACCGAAAAGACUGCCGAGGAACAUCCUGCGGUCCAAGCAUCUACGGAAGAGCCUCAAGAAAAGAGCACCAUGGAACCAGCACCGGAAGAGCCGAAAGAGAAAGAAGAAGCUUCCCCAAAACCUGAAGAAGAUCAACAAUCGACCGAGGCACCCGUCGAAGAGCCCACAACGAAGACUCACUCGCUUCCAACAGAGCCAUCUGUCGUCGAAUCGAGCGAAGAGGAACAGGAGGGAGAAGUAGAAGAACCUGGAUUGCCGGAAACUUCCGGUUCGACGACCGAGAAAGAAGAAUCGGCGGAAGGCUUGGAUCAUCACCUUCCAUCAAUGAACCAAACGUUCAAAGCCACUGAACAACCUGUCCAACCCACCCUUCACCAGGCAACGAGUACAUUAGCUCCUCAGAUACCCGAGUACUCCGACCAGGUAUCCGGAGAGGAGAAUCCGCACUUCCCAACGAACAGUGGAAGUUAUCUGUCGAACGAAGACUACGACGAGGAUGACCAGGCGAUUUACGGACCAGGCACUUGCCGAUACGGCGGCAAAGUCUACGUCUCGGCUCAACAGAUACCAAGGGACGAUCCUUGCGACUUCUGCUUCUGCUUCAGAAGCGACAUCAUCUGUCUGCAACAGAGCUGCCCACCACCGAUCCCAGGUUGCCACGAGGAACCGAUCAAUGGUUUCUGCUGCCCGAGAUACGAGUGCCCCGUGUCGAUGGCCACGUCGCUCAACAUCACCACGACAACGACCACGACCACGACCACGUUACCGCCUCAUUUCCACGCCCAUGCAUACAAAGGAGCAGCGAAACGAAGCGGAUGUCAGAUUCGCGGCCAAGCGUAUCGCGUUGGAGAAGUCAUUAGGUCCGCGUCUGGACCUUGCCUUCAGUGCACUUGCGGUGGUGACGGGAACAUGAAAUGUGAUCCACGAGUGUGCAGCCCGGAACCGAUGUUGAGGCAAAUGAUCGCGGCGGCCACGGCGAGAAGGAGGAGAUGAGGCGUCCAACGAGAUCCCGGGGAUCCUUUGGACGAGCAUACAAGGGAAAAAGGAAGUUUAGAGAGCUGGAUCAGUGUUGUAUAAAAGUGAAUUAAAAAUAUUCUAAACUAUCUAAAUAUCGCGGGAACACAGACUGUAAUGUGCUUCUGCGAUCACGAACUGAGUGGCCAAAACCG